AGCGCAUGGAGUCCCCCAUCGAUUCAGCAGACGAUUUAGCGAAACAAACAAAAAUAGAAUACGGAGCAGUUGAAGAUGGAGCAACGAUGACCUUUUUCAAGAAAUCAAGAAUAGCCACGUAUGAAAAAAUGUGGGCCUUUAUGAAUAGCAGGAGGCAGUCGGUGCUUGUCAAAAGUAAUGAAGAAGGUAUCCAGCGCGUACUCACCUCUGAUUAUGCCUUCCUAAUGGAGUCAACUACCAUUGAGUUUGUUACACAGCGGAACUGUAACCUUACACAGAUUGGUGGCCUGAUAGACUCCAAAGGUUAUGGUGUCGGAACUCCUAUGGGGUCCCCCUACAGAGACAAAAUAACCAUCGCAAUUCUCCACCUGCAAGAAGAAGGCAAGCUCCACAUGAUGAAGGAGAAGUGGUGGCGAGGCAAUGGUUGCCCGGAAGAGGAGAGCAAAGAUGCAAGUGCCCUUGGAGUACAAAACAUUGGUGGCAUCUUCAUCGUAUUGGCAGCAGGACUGGUUCUUUCCGUCUUUGUGGCAGUGGGGGAGUUUUUGUACAAAUCCAAAAAAAAUGCCCAGUUGGAAAAGAGGUCCUUCUGUAGUGCCAUGGUGGAGGAGCUGAGGAUGUCUCUGAAGUGUCAACGUCGGUUAAAACACAAACCACAGGCUCCUGUUAUUGUGAAAACAGAAGAAGUUAUCAACAUGCACACAUUUAAUGACAGAAGGUUGCCAGGUAAAGAAACCAUGGCAUAGAGCUGGGAGGCCAAGCAACCCCAAGCACAAACUGAUGUCUUUUCCCUUCCCCCUUUUUAUUUUUUCCCCCCAAAUCAACUUUUGCGAGAAUGUUUCCUGUGGAAAUAUGCAAGCUGUUCAAAAAUAAAAUGAGUUACCUCAUGCCGCUGUGUCUAUGAACUAGAGACUCUGUGAUCUAAGCAGGUGCAAAGGCCAGACUCGAAUCACAAGCGUCACGGAUCAACCAAGUUUAUAAGGGGAGGGGAGGGGUGGGGGUGGGUGGGCAUUCCACCAUUUGUCAUGAGUUCCACCAUUCCUUAAUUAACGAAAGGUUCUAUUUGUUUUGUGGCUGGCUACAAAUGCAGCCGCAGUGAGAACUAGCAGGCUCCUUUUUGAAGUUCAUCCGUCGCCAGGGGCUGGAGAAGGAAUGAACAGCUAAAGAAACUAACUACCGGAGGAGUCUGUGAAAAAUAGUAACUCAGCACUCUAGCAGGGAGAAAAGGAGGCUGCUGUGUACUGCCAAGCACCGAAGAUCUUAUAUUUGCUGGCCAAUGUCUACAUGAUGUUGUUCCAGCUAGCUGAUACGAGCUUAUUCAGUGGGGAAAAUCAAUGCAACGAAAAUGGAAACCUGGAAAUAGAAGAAUGGACAGAUGAUGCUUGACCUGUCUCUGUGUCACUGACCUGGAUAAAAACAAACUCUUAAGUCAAGCAGUAGAAAAUUAAACAUUUCACCUACACUGGAACUCUGUUGUGAGAGAACCCAAAGAAGGUGGGCUGUGCUUCAGAUGAUACACAAAGUUUCCUCCAGUUAAAGGAAAGAUGUAUCUCAUGAUGCUUGUCUCUGAGCAGUUUCUUCAUUGUCUAACUGUGAAGCAAAUACACAAUGGAGGUGUGGGGUUUUCUUUCCCCCUUUCUUUUUUUAAAUGCCUGAGAGAGUUUGGAAAACUCGUGUUCCUGCUUCGAACUGAACUCAGUGGAGCCUGUGGAAUUCUCGCUACUGGUGGAAAUAGGAUGGGUUGUCUAAAAAUUAAAAAAAAAGGACAGAAUGUGGAGGACUUUGAAAUGGACUGCAUUCCUCAAUACAGUCAACAGUGUUCAAAUGAGCAAAACCCUAGAGCAAUUUUUCCCCUCCCCCCAGAAAAGCAAGGGGAAAAAAUGUUCAGGUUUAUUUGUGGAAAUGCAAGAUUUCUAUGAAAAUAGUUUUUGUAUGGAAAUUUUUUGUAAUACUUUUUAAAUCAACAAUCUCAAGAACCUGCGUUCCAGUCAGGGGUGUGGUGCCAAGAGUGACUGGUAGUGCGUUCGCACCACCAACGUUUGGUGAAAACUAUUUUUAUCAAGGUAAAAAAAUAAAAGGGGGGAAUCUUAGAAGAGAACUAUUUUCAAGUUAGAUAAUAUAAAAUCUAGGUGCACUACCAAUGCCGCUUACUAUACCACACCCCUGGUUUCCACUAGCCUGAUAACAUACUGUCAUGAACUGAUGUGUGUAAAUGAUGAAAGACACAGACCUCUUGACCACAUUGUGAUAACAGUUGAAGUGCACACAGUUUGCUGUUUGAAUCCAAUGCACAACAUUAAAAAAAUCAAAAAAAAUCACACACACAUUGAAAAAAAAUUGUCA